AUAAUACAUAGAACGCAGAGAGAGAGAGAGAGAGAGAGCAACCGCUCCAUUCCCUCAUUCUUUCGCUUCAAGUCUUCACUACGAGUGUCUCAGAUCACCUACUUUCUUUCUCUCUAUAUAAGUAUAUAAUCAACUCCGUUACAAUUGGCUUUUACCAGAAGAGGACGAUUUCGUGAUUUCGUCUUACGAGUUUGAAUUUCUGUGAAGAACAAUGACGAACACACAACUAGUGGAGAUUCAACCUCAUGAGCUCAAGUUCACAUUUGAGGUGAAGAAACAAAGUUCAUGUGCAGUUCACCUAGCUAAUAUAACAGACCAAUAUGUAGCUUUCAAGGUGAAGACCACAUCACCUAAGAAAUACUGUGUCCGGCCAAAUAUAGGUGUUAUCAAACCAAAGUCGACAUAUGACUUCACAGUUACAAUGCAAGCUCAGAGGACCCUUCCAUCUGAUAUGCCAUGCAAGGAUAAAUUUUUGAUUCAGAGCACAGUUGUCCCUUUUGGAACUAAUGAAGAAGAAAUUACACCCAGCAUGUUCAACAAAGACAAUAGAAAAUCUAUUGAAGAGUGCAAAUUAAGGGUUGUCCUGGUUAGUCCACCCAACUCUCCAGUUCUGCAGCCAGCUAAUGGAGUUUCCAAGCAAGGUGCACCUAUUGAGACUUCAAUGCAACAGGAAAAUUUUCCAAGUGGUGUUGAAAAUCUUCCUCCAGCUCAAACUGUGGGUAAGAACAACAAGGAUAUUAAAUUUGAGGAAGAAACAGAGGAGCCAAGAUUGGGAAAAAUUGUGGACUUAGGUUUGAACUUUGCAAAAAAUACAGAGUCCGAUACUGAUGAGGUUGUUGAAACAAUAUGUCAAGUGGUUGAGAACAGCAAGGGUGCAGAUUUUGUUGCAGAAGAAGAGGAGCCAAACUUGGCAAAGACUGUGGAAGACGUCAAGUUGAAUUCUCCUAAGAAUCGGGAGUCCAAUAUCAAUGAGGUUGUCAAAUCAAGACAUCUGAACAUGGAGACAACAAAAUUGACACUAUCCAAAGAUGUUGAGGAGGAGCUAAAGUCUGUGGAAGAUGCCAAGUUGAAUUCUCCUAAGAAUGGGAAGUCCAAUACCGAUGAGCUUGUCAAACCAAGACAUCUGAACAUGGAGACAACAAAAUUAUCACUAUCCAAAGAUGUUGAGGAGCUUAAGUCUAAGAUAAAUUCACUGGAUUCUCAGCUAAUUGAGGCUGAAUGCAUAAUUGCAAAGUUUAAAGAAGAGAAGCGAAGUACCAUCAAAGACAUGGAAACUUUGAAACAAGAAUUGGCAUUACUAAGGACGAAGAGUGUUGGAAGGAAAGCUCAAGUUGGUUUCCCGCCGUUAUUCCUUUGCAUGGUUGCGUUCAUUUGUUUCACCAUUGGGUAUCUUCUACGUGCUUAACAAGGAUUUUUUUUCUGUCUUUUUGCUAUAUUGUAACUGUUUAGGAACUUACUGUAUCUUCAGCAUAUUAACAUUGCCUCUUUUUUUAGCCGUCAACCUAACGAGCUAGUGAAAAUGGUGGAUGUAUGUAGAUGGAAUUCAUAAUGAAAAAGAAUCUUUCAAUAAAGAAUUACUAAUAGUUAUGUA